AUACAAGACUUCACAGCAAAAGUCAGAGUGCAAGAAGGAACCAAGCCUAUCUUUCACAAACCACGUCCAGUUCCCUAUGCUCUUAAGGAAGCAGUAGAGAAGGAACUGGACCGCCUACAGAAGAAUAACAUAAUCACGAAAGUAGCGAGGAGCGACUGGGCCGCUCCGAUUGUUGUAGUCCCAAAGAAAGAUAAGACUGUCAGAAUGUGCGGUGACUACAAGGUCACAGUAAAUCGCUGCAUACUACCAGAGGAAUAUCCACUACCAAACGCUGAAGAUCUGUUUGCCACUCUAGCUGGUGGGAAGGUUUUCAGUAAGCUGGACCUGGCAUUCGCUUAUCAGCAACUGAAGCUGGAUCCGGAGUCAGAACAGUAUCUGACCAUCAAUACACACAAGGGGCUAUUCAGAUUCAAUCGCUUGGCCUAUGGAAUCUCGACAGCUCCAGCGAUAUUCCAACACACAAUGGAUCAGAUCUUGGACGGUAUAGACAACGUUGUGUGCUUCAUGGACGACAUCCUCCUGUGGGGAUCAAGGGUGGUGGUACCUCACAAAUUCCAGAGGAGACUGCUAUCUGACCUGCAUGAGGGACAUCCAGGGAUCACUCGAAUGAAAGCACUCGCUCGCAGUUAUCUGUGGUGGCCUGGACUGGAUCAGGACAUUCAACAGCAUGUAGGCCACUGCUCACCUUGUGAAGCUGUUCGCAACAAGCCUGCUGCUGCAGCUCUUCAUCCAUGGUCCUGGGCUGCUACACCUUGGGAACGCAUCCAUGUGGAUUACGCCGAGAUUGACAAGCAACAUUUCCUUGUUGUCGUCGAUGUCCAUUCCAAGUGGAUGGAAGUGUUCCCUACUCAACUGACCACAGCUGAGAAGACCAUCAAUCUUCUCAGACACCUGUUCGCAUCCUUUGGACUAGUCAAGGAGCUCGUAUCGGACAAUGGCCCUCCUUUCACGUCAAACGAUUUUGAAAUGUUUCUCAAGAACAAUGGAGUAAGGCACAUCCGGUCACCACCUUACCAUCCGGCAUCAAACGGAGCAGCGGAGAGAGCCGUGCAAACCUUUAAG